AAAAAAAAAACAAAGAGAGAAAAAUAGAAAGAAAAAAAAUGGGAAAAGUACGUACAAUAGGAAUAGGAAUGGAUUAUUCAGCAACAAGCAAAUUAGCUCUAAAAUGGGCAAUUGAUAAUCUAAUAGAAGAAGGUGAUACAAUUAUAAUCAUCCAUGUUGUUUCUUCUAAAGUUGAUCCAACUAACAAGCAACUCUUUGAGGACACUGGAUCACCUUUGAUACCUUUGGAUGAAUUUAAAGAGAUAAAUGUGUCUAAGUAUUAUGGAUUAGACCCUGAUAAAGAGGUUCUUGAUAUGCUUGACCCUGUUUCCAAGCUUAAAAAGGUAACAGUGAUGUCAAAGGUGUAUUGGGGAGAUGCAAGGGAGAAACUUUGUGAAGCUGCACAACAUCUCAAGCUUGAUACACUUGUGGUUGGAAGCAGAGGUUUAGGAGUUCUUAAAAGGGUAUUACUUGGAAGUGUAAGCAAUUACGUGGUGCAAAAUGCAACGUGUCCUGUCACUGUUGUGAAGGCCAAUCCUCCAAAGUAAAAAGCCUACAAAGUUUGUGUCUUAUUUUUAAAACAAAAAAUCAACAAAAUUCUUUUUCCUUAUUUUGGGAGAACCGUUCAUGUAUCUAAUUUGCACUUUUAGCCAUUUUCUAUUUUUGUUUUUGAAUAGUAUUUUGUUUGGAUUUACUUAUUCUGAUUUUUAGGUAUGAGUUGGCUUUUGUUUGAGUGUGUUUUGAUGAGAGACGAUUGUGGGGUUAUCCUUUGUAUUUCAAGUUUAUCAUCUUUAUGUAUAUUUGUUGUUUA